AUGUCUUCUGACGAAAGUGAUGUGGCCUCAAUCAAAGAAGAAGAAGAUACUACUUUGAGUGACGACGACAACUCGGACGUGGAAAUCAAAAGUUCUAAGAAGGAUCGUAAAAGAAAAAUUGCUUCAGACAGCGAGAAAAGUGGUUCGGAAAACGACGAUGACGACGAGGAGAACGACGACGAUGAUGAAGAUGAGAACGUGUCCAGCAAAAAGAAAAACAAGAAACGGAAAAAGAAAGCUCCAUCUGGAAGAGAUUUCUUGGCUUGGGAUGUUGAAGUCGACGAUGAAGACGAAGACGAUGAUAAUGACUAUGACGACGAAGAUGAUCCAAGAAUGAAUGCCAUGAACGAAAGAGAAGAAGCAGAACGCGCCAUGAAAGAAAUGGAAAUGAAUCAAAGAAAUCGAGAUCGUUUCAAGUUUCAAAACAUGUCUGAAGAUGAAGUUCAAAAGUACUUCGAGAAUAAAUAUAAAGCUGACAAGAACAGCGGAGAUUAUGAUGAUGAAGAUUCAGCCAUGGACGAUAUUUCGAAAAAUUCGCAUCUUCCAUCGACAAAAGAUCCCAACUUGUGGAUAGUGAAGUGUCGCAUGGGUGAAGAGAAACUUGUGGCUAUGCAUUUGAUGCGAAAGUGCCUUGCGGUGGAAAACUCUAAUGAGGUAAAACAAAUGGUCCCAUUCCAAAUCAAGUCAGUCGUCGUCAAAGAGGGUCUCCGGGGCAUGAUCUAUAUCGAAGCUUUCAAACAGUCUCAUGUCAUGUCAGCUAUUGAAGGAUUUUCUGCUCUGAACCAGUUCAACAUUACAAUGGUUCCAAUCAAAGAUAUGGUUGAUGUUUUGAGAGUUGUUAAGGACAUUCCUCAGCUGAAACUAGGUUCAUAUGUUCGCCUGAAGCGUACUAUGUACAAGGACGAUCUCGCCGUUGUUGACCUAGUUGAUAUUGCGCAGAAUCGUGUCAACUUGAAGUUGAUUCCACGUGUGGACUAUCAGCGGCGCCGUGGAGCUAUGCGGACAGAAGCCGAUAAAACGUAUAAACUGAAGAGACGCCCUAUGCCAAAACUCUUCGAUCAGGAUGCCAUCAAGGAAGUUGGAGGAGAGAUUGUCACUGAUGGAGAUUUCAUUAUGUUCGAAGGAAAUCAUUAUCGCCGCGGUUUCCUUUACAAAUAUUUUCCUAUCAAUGCGGUUCAAGCUGAUGGAGUCAAACCAACACUUGCAGAGCUCGAGAAAUUCCAAGAGUCCAGCGACGAUCUUAAGAGAGAGUUGGAAACAACUUCGUUGAAGGACACUGAAAAUCCAUUCGUUCCUGGAGAUAUUGUUGAAGUGAAGGCUGGAGAGUUGGUAAAUCUGCGUGGUAAAGUGAUGACGGUGGAUGGCACUAAAGUGGUCAUGAUGCCUGAUCAAGAAGAUCUGAAAGAGGCUAUUACAUUAAAUGCUUCGGAGCUGAGGAAGUAUUUCAAGGAAGGUGAUCAUGCUAAAGUUAUCAGUGGUCGUUAUGAGGGACAAACUGGAUUAAUCGUUCGCGUCAAGGACAGUACCGCUAUUGUGUUGGCCGAUCUCGGAAUGGAAGAGCUCAAAGUACGUGUUAGAGAUUUACAGCUGUGCGCUGACGUAACGACCGGAGUGGAUUCUCUUGGACAAUUCCAAUAUCGCGAUCUCGUACAACUUGAUCAUACCGGAACUGUUGGAGUGAUCAUUCGCUUGGAAAAAGAGCAUCUUGAAGUUCUCAACAUGCACGGAACUGUAAAUCGUAUCAAACCACAAGCAAUCAUAUCGAAAAAAGAUGUCAGGUUUGCAAAAGUUCUCGAUAGUCAAAACAAUUCUGUGGAGGCGAAGGAUAUCGUGAGAGUGAUCAGUGGCGUCAAUUACAAAGAAAAUGAAUCUGAUGAUGAUCCAGUUGGAGAAGUACUCUAUGCCUUCCGUGGAACAGUUUUCAUAUACGCACGGAAAAUUGCGAAAAAUGGAGGAGUUUUGGUAUGCAAGCCGAAACAACUUCUUCUUCAAGGAGCUAAGAAAACUAGCAAUGCACCAAUGGUGGCUCGGAUGGCUUCACCAAAUCCUAUGGCAUCGCCAAGACACUCCGCUGGUGGAAUGACUCCUGGAUCGCAAGAUGGCAUGUCAAGUCGAGGAAGCGUAGGUGGCCAAACACCGAGACAAAACCAGAACCGACAUUUUGGAACUGCUAAUCAACAAAAAGUGCGACGUGAUUUGACUAUUAUCGGCAAAAAUGUUCGUAUCACGAAAGGACCGAUGAAAGGUCUUUUUGGUAUCGUUCGUGACGCUACAGAAGAUACAGUUCGUGUCGAGCUUCAUACUCAAUGCAGAACUAUCUCCGUCGAUCGUGCUCGUGUGAUGGUGGUCGGAGACACCGGAAUCACACAUACAAGCGGAGGAAGCUCGUUCUACAACACUGCCAAGACUCCAAUGCGCGAUUCUAGCAAAACCCCGAUGUAUGGUUCGAAGACCCCAAUGUAUGGAGCACAAACUCCGAUGUAUGGUGCUAUGACUCCUCACGCCGGAGACCGAACUCCUCAUUAUAGUGCAAUGACUCCGGCUUAUGACGGAGGAAGAACUCCAGCAUAUGGUGAUGGAGGGCGUACUCCGGCUUAUGGAAGCAAAACUCCAGCUUAUGGAGAUCAUGAUGAGCAUUCAUCUUCGCGAACACCAGCAUACGGUAACGAGAGUGGAAGAACUCCUGCAUAUGGAAAUGAAAGUGGAAGAACUCCAGCUUACGGAAGCGAUAGCUCGCGAACGCUCGCCUACGGAAAAGAGACGGGACGAACUCCGGCAUAUGGAAAUGAGAGUUCAAAAACUCCAGCUUAUGGAAGUGAUAGCUCAAGAACGCCAGCAUAUGGAUCCGUGGAUAGUGGUAGAACGCCAGCUUAUGAUCAAGAUUCUUCAAGUCAUUCAUCGAAAACACCAAGCUAUGAUUCGAGCAAAACUCCAGCCUACGGAAAUGACUAUGAGACUCCAAUGAGUCCAACGUAUGAACCGGAACCAGCAGACACUUACAACAAUGCACCUGCAAGAACUCCAGGAUUUGACUCUGGACGAACUCCGGGCUACGAAACUUAUGAUAGUGGAAGUCCAACUUAUGAUCCUGAGCCCGCUGCAGGUGCAGAAGAUGACAUCGGUGAUACUUCAUCACCGAGAUACGAUUCUCCUCCACUCUCGUACUCUGCACCGACCCCAGGAGCAAUGAUCAAUCCAGCCACGCCAGGAGCUUACCAUGUCAAUACUCCGGGACCAUUUGUGGCUCCUAUGACUCCUGGAAGUGGAGGAGGCUACGAUCAGUACGUAGCUCCCUCACCUUAUAUGGGAGGAGGUUACGACACAAACAACUACAGUAGCGCUGGCGAGGAGAAGAUCCCUGAUCAUUUCCUUUCUCAAGGUCAUUGGGUAAUGGCUAAUCUUUACGUUACGAUCAAAGAGCAUGAUCCAAGAUACAACGAUCGCGAGGCUAUAGUUCAGAAUGUGGAAAACGGAAGAGUUGAAAUCUACGUUCCUGAUCUCAAAAUCAAUCUCGAAGUAGAGUUUGAUCAGAUUCAGCCAACUAAGCCAGCAGCUGGAGAUUAUGCUCGAGUGAUUUUCGGAGAAGACGGAGGACAUAGUGGUCAAGUCGUUUCCAAGGAAGGAUGUGACGCUCUCAUUCGAUCAAUGACGGAUGUCCGUGAUAUGCGAAGUAUCAACAUCGGAAAUUGCUGCAAAAUGCACGAUGGUGGUUCAUAA